AUGUCUUUUUUUUCCCCCCUGCUUCCCCGCCGUACAGAAGAUCUCUGCGAAGUCUUUUUCUUGUCUUUUCGCCCGACCAAUCUCUUUGAAGAUUACAAACUGCACUCGUUGGCUUUCUUACUAACAAAAAUUCACAUUUGUCGCCCAAUUUGUUGUUAUUGUCAUUCCUUUAGUCUUUCUUUUAAUUCAAUUUUUCUUCUCUUUUUUUUUUUCGAUUAUUUUUUCUUUCUUUUUCUUUUUCGUUUGAUCCAAGUUUAUUUCACUUCGUACUUUUUCUUUCGCUGUUCCUCUCAUAUUUUUCUUCUUUUAUAUUUGUCUGCGUUUUCUUUCCUACUUUUUUUUAUUUGUAUCUUCCUUUCUUUUUACUUUCUAUCUUUCUUUCUUCUAUAUUUUACUGAUUUUUCUUUCUUUCUUUCUAUCUUUCUUUUUUUUCCUGUUUUCUUUCUUUCUUUAUAUUUUUCUGACUUUUCUUCCUUUUUUACCUUAUAUUUUCUUACUUUUUUCUGUAUAUUUUUCUUAUUUUUCUUUUUAUUUCUUUCUUUUCUGUUUUUUUUUUCUGAUAUUCCUUUCCUCUUUUCUUUCUUUCUAGUUGCUGACCUUUCUUUCGUUAUUUGUAUUUUAUUUGUAAUUUAUAUUUUUCUGACUUUUCUUUUGCCUUUUCUUUUGUCUUCGUUUUAUCUUUCUUUUUCAUACUUUUUUUGUUUUGAACUUCGAAUUUUUAUAUUAUUAUUUAUUUAUUUAUUUAUUUAUUAUAUAUUCACCGUUCUUUAUUUUUUCUUCUUCAAUUUUUUAUCCUUCAUUUUUCUAUUUGUUACUUUCUUUUUUUCUCGCUUGUUUCUCUCUUUCGCUUUCUCUCUCUCUCUCUCUUUCUUUCUCUCUCUCUCUUUCUUUUUCGUUUCUUUUAAUUAUUUUAUUUCCAGAAAUUUUCUAUUCCUUAUUCAUUUUCAAUCUUUCUUUGAUUCCUUUUCCAUCUCUUUCUAUUUUUCCUUUUUCUUUCCUUCUUUUUUCCCGCCUCUUUUUUCUUUUUCUUCCCCUUUUUUAAUUUACUCCAUUUCAUCGCGCUUUUCUUUCGCCGUUAGUCUUUUGCUUUCAUUCUUCAUUUAUUUUCUUUCAUCUUCCUUUAUUUCCUUCCUUAAAUCAUUUCUUCUCCUCUCCUCUUUCUAUUCUUUGUUUUCUUCCUUAAUUCCUCCCUCCCUCUUUAAAUACUUUCUUUCUUUCCUUCCUUCUUUCUCAUUGAUCAAAUUUCCUACCUUUUUGGUUUUCUUUCCUUACUUUGCUUUUUUAUUUUCUCUUUAUUUUAUUUUCUUUUUCUUUCUAUUUCUCUUUCUUUUCUCCAUUUAUUGUUUCUAUUUCUCCUCUUCACAUUCUUUGUUAUUGGGUUGGCGCAUAAUUAUUACGUGUUUUUAA